AUGGCCGACCUGAUGAUUUAUGGAGCCACUGGCUACACCGGCCGUCUAAUAUGCGAACAAGCAAAGAAAACCGGACUGCGCUUCACGAUAGCCGGGCGCUCAGAAGACAAGCUUCGGGACCUCGCAAGGACCCUUGAAGUCCCCUAUGAAGCAUUCGACCUCGCCGCUACGUCUCCCAAUGGACACCUCGCCAGUCUGAUCGUCCUACUCAACUGUGCGGGUCCGUUCUCUCGUACUGCUUCCGUCUUAAUGGACGCAUGCAUCCGCUGCAAGGUGCACUAUCUUGACGUCUCGGCGGAAUUGGACAGUUACCUCCUCGCCCGCGAAAGAGGCGAGCUGGCGGAGAAAGCUGGAAUCAUGCUUGUGCCUGGCUGCGGUGGCAGCGUAGCCAUGCUCGGAGGUCUGGUGGCGCAUGCUACACGGACGUCGAUGAAUCCUGCCUCUAUCGACAUCGCACUCCACGUGUCUGGGCCAAUGUCCCGGGGCUCGGCAGUCAGUGCCGCGGAGAGCGUGACCGCAGGAUGCUUGAAACUGGACGGAGCGGCACUGGUGCCGCAAGAUGCGACGAAGAACGCUUGGUUCGACUUUGGCGAUGGAAGAGGCCUGGUAUCAUGCUUCCCUGCAACGCUUCCAGACCUCAUCACUUUGCACAAACAGACCGGCGCGGGCAACAUUCACACCUUCGUCAACGCUUCUGCUGAUGCCUUUCCGACUGGCGACGUGGCUCUGCUCCCAGACGGGCCAGACUCUGCGCAAAGAGCGGCAAGCCCUUACCAUGCUGCGGUUCGGGUUGUUGACAAGGACGGUAGUAGCCGGCAGGCGAGAUUGCACAUGGUCAACGGGUAUACUUUCACUGCGAUUGCAGCUGUGGAGGCUGCCCGCAGGAUAUUGUCUGGAGAGGCUAGCGCUGGAUGGCAGACUCCGGUGGGGUUGUUUGGGAAUGACUACAUCCAUGCAGUACCUGGGUCCUACAUUCGGCAUGAAGAGGGAAGUCAGGGAGCGAUGAAUGCUUCAUGUCGAGAAGGAUAG